CCAUUGUUGAGAAGUAUUUUUGGACCCGAAGCAGAAGCACAGAACGAAGGAAUGUGCCGAGGUUCGAUCCGACGACGAUCCGGCGGAGUGCGAGGUGGCGGUGGCAGCUGCGGCCAAGGUCUGCAUUUCGUCGAAGAAAAGGAGCGGAAGAAGGAGGAGGAAACGAAGAAGAGCGAGAGGGAGAGGGAGGCUGAUGGCAAGAGCGAUGGUAAGCGCAGUCAGGGUCCCGGACGACAUGGAGUGGGCUCGGCCCCGUGCCUGGGAACGCGAAAUAAGUCGGUCGUCGCAGCGUCCGAGCCUCGGAAUGGCGUGUGGGAAGUAGAGGAUUCUGAUGGGGCCAUUUUGUGUGGAUGCGGUCCCGAUUCUGUUUCUCGGACUACUGUUGUAGUUCUUUGCUGCCCUCUUUCAGCUCUUUCAGCUCGCGUCUCUGAUUGCGCCUCUCCGCUUCUGGUGUGGGGUGUGCAGCGGGACUAGAGCAAAUUGCGGCGAAUUUCGUCGCCCUCAUGUAAGCUUCGACUCGUGCCUUCAAGUUGAUACUUGUGCCAAUGUUGUUGGCAGAGGAUUUCAGAGGAAUUAAGAUUGAUGGGCUUCAGCUGAUUGCGUAACAGACGUGGACCAUGUCUCAGUUUCCUGGUUUUGCGCCUCUUGGCAACAAUAGUGACGUCGGAAUGUCCGAUGCUGACGACGACUCAUCAUCUUCUGUUUCACGAACUGCCGAUCACUUUGGAUCCUCUCUGAGAAUUUCACCGCCUCCACUUUCGAUACCAAACCCUAUAGCUAAUUAUUUUGCUGUCACAGCAGCUUAUUUUCCUUCGAGUUCAAUGGAAGACACAACGAUGGGCUUAGGGAACACUUCGACGAUUUCAGCCACGUCUCUGCCUCUGACUCCCGCUGUUCGUCCUCCUCCCGCUGACGCGAACCCUGCACCAGCGAAAGAUGUCUUCGCUGCUCCACCCCCACCAGCUUCAACAGCUGCACAAGUUGAAGUACAGAAAGCGAAACCACAAGCGAGAAACAAAGUUCCUCUUGAAAAGGGCUAUAGUCAAAUGGUUUGGCUGAGGCUCAUGCAGACUGAACCUGAUCUUGCUGGACUCAAGGGACAGUCAAGGAGGAGGUUGAUCAGUAUGGAUGAAAUUAAAAAACAUAAAAGUCCUGAAGAAGCAUGGACAGUUUUGCGGGGCCGUGUGUACAACAUAUCUCCAUAUCUCAAGUUUCAUCCUGGAGGCGAGGAUAUGCUCAUGAAAGCUGCUGGGAAGGAUAGUACUGCCCUCUUCAAUAAGUAUCACGCCUGGGUUAAUGCAGAGUUCCUAAUGGAAAAAUGUAUGGUAGGCCUGCUGGACGUCCAACCACAAUGACUGGUGACAUGGCGCGUAAAUCACAGAAUUUAUGGCUGUUUGAGAUAUCUCGGUUUUUUGAACGAUUCUCAACUCAUCCCAUGCCGGCUGAGUCAUCCUUAGUCUUCAUGUAGAAGUUCUCUGUUCACUGAUUUGUCUUCUUACGGAAACUGUAACUAGCAACGUCACUCUUCCAAUAUGGUCUGAAUACGUUGGAGUCUAUCCAUCCCAGAGAUUCGCAUCAGGAGAGCUGACUAGCGAAGGAAAUUCUUGCUGUAUAGGUGUUAUGAACUCGGCUUUAAGUAAUUGGGCUAUUCCUAUUAUAUUUAUUUCUCCCUGUUGGAGAUCUGUCAUCGAGAACUUGUCGGUUGUGACCUCGGAUUCACAUCUUCUGUACUUUUAAUAUUUAAGCGAUUUUUUGAAGAAAGUGC